AGAAAAGGAGAAAAACAAAAAAAACAAUUUUCUUAGAGAGAAGAGAGAGAGAGAAGGGUGGGCGUGAAUUCCUGAGGGGGGAGAGAGAUUCUUCGCCGGAGUAAUCUCUAUUGCGUGAUCUUUACAGCCGGCUGCUUCAUUCUUCUUCUUUCGCCGCCUGAGAUUUUGAAUAUUCGUCUCUUUCUCUUUUUUUCUCAUCUACAAGUUUUUUUAUUUGUUUGGGGGAGAGAGAGAAGGGUCAAAAGCGAAGAUGGUUAACGCUAUGGUUGAGAGAGCGACUAGCGAGAUGCUGAUCGGGCCUGAUUGGGCUAUGAACCUUGAGAUCUGUGAUAUGCUCAAUAGCGAUCCAGCGCAAGCAAAAGAUGUUGUGAAAGGCAUUAAAAAACGGAUUGGGAGCAGGAAUCCGAAAGCUCAACUUCUUGCCUUAACUCUGCUUGAGACAAUAGUGAAGAACUGUGGUGACAUGGUUCAUAUGCAUGUGGCUGAGAAAGGUGUUAUUCAUGAAAUGGUCCGGAUAGUUAAGAAGAAGCCGGACUUCCAUGUUAAAGAGAAGAUUCUGGUCCUUAUCGAUACAUGGCAAGAGGCCUUUGGUGGUCCUAGGGCAAGAUAUCCACAAUACUAUGCAGGAUACCAGGAAUUGUUGCGCGCUGGAGCUGUUUUCCCUCAGAGAUCAGAGAGAUCAGCCCCUGUGUUCACACCUCCACAAACACAACCUUUGACGUCUUACCCUCCAAAUCUUCGUAAUGCUGGACCUGGUAAUGAUGUGCCUGAACCUUCAGCAGAGCCAGAAUUCCCGACUUUAAGUUUGUCGGAGAUUCAAAAUGCAAAAGGUAUCAUGGAUGUGCUUGCAGAAAUGCUGAGUGCAUUAGAGCCUGGAAACAAGGAGGAUCUCAAACAGGAGGUGAUGGUUGAUUUGGUGGAGCAGUGUCGUACGUACAAACAAAGAGUGGUACAUCUAGUCAACUCAACUUCGGACGAGGGUUUGUUAUGUCAAGGUCUCGCUUUGAAUGAUGACUUGCAGCGUGUCUUAACCAGUUAUGAAGCAAUCGCUUCUGGAUUACCUGGCACUUCUGCUCAAAUUGAGAAGCCCAAGUCCGAGACUGGAAAAUCCCUUGUUGAUGUUGAUGGUCCACUUAUUGAUACUGGUGACAGCAGUAAUCAGGUGAACGGGGCUACAUCAAGUUCUGGUAACGGGGUUUUAAAUCAGUUGGCCCUCCCUGCACCACCUGUAACUAAUGGUCCAGCCAAUUCUAAAAUAGACCUCCUCAGUGGCGAUGAUCUCGCCCUUGUUCCUGUUGGACCACCUCAACCAGCAAGUCCUGUUGCAUCAGAUCAAAAUGCACUUGCCCUUAUUGAUAUGUUCUCAGACAAUACUAAUAAUCCAAGUCCUGCAACUGCACCAACUGGCAAUCCAGCUCCACAGAGUAGUCCUUUGAAUCCUCAACCGCACCAGCAACCAAAUAGCCAAGCUGGAGAAGCUGGAUUACAACAAUCCAAUGGAUUUUCUCCUCAAAUAGGUUAUCAACAAUUUGAGCAACCAUCAUACGGGCAAGGAGUCUCUUCUCCGUGGAGCAAUCAGCCCGCUCAACCCCAGCAGUUUCAACAACCACACCAGCCCUCUUACGAAGGUGCCCAAGACAGUAUGGCAUUUCCACCACCCCCAUGGGAAGCUCAGCACCAAGACUUUAGUCCCACUGCGGAGUCAGGAAGUCCGUUUUCUUCUCAAAUGCAUCCGGCACAGGCUCCCUUCACACAUGCUCAACCGGUUAACAACAACAAUUCAUAUCCUCAGAUGCCCCAGACCGGCCAACCAGUUAACAACAACAGUCCAUAUGGUCAAAUGCCUCAAGCUGGCCAACCUGUUAACAACAACAGUCCAUAUGCUCAAAUGCCACAAGGCGGUAUGUACAUGCCAAACCAACCCAUUCAGGCUCAAGGGCAAGGUUAUCCACCUCAACAGCAGCAGCAGAUGAUGAUGGCUCAAUUCUAUGCCCAACAGCAACAACAACAACAGCAACAAGCGUAUGGAAACCAAAUGGGAGGAUACGGGUAUGGCUAUAAUCAACAGCAACAAGGAAGCAGCCCAUAUCUGGACCAGCAAAUGUAUGGUAUGUCCAUCAGAGACCAGACUUCGCAUCAGGUACCAUUAUCGACAUCUACCACAUCUUAUCUGCCUCCUAUGAAACCAAAGAAUAAACCAGAGGACAAGCUAUUUGGGGAUCUCGUUGACAUCUCCAAAUUCAAGCCUACAAAACCGACUUCCGGAAGAGCUGGUACCAUGUGAAAAAAAUACUCCGUCAUUUCUAAGUACUCAUCUCCUCUAUCCUCUAUUUUAUUUACACAGCUAACUCUCUUUCUUCUCUUAUUUGAGCUAUCAUCAUCAUUGAUUUUACCCUUUGUGGGAGACGCAUAGAUAUAUAUAUAUAUAUAUAUAUAUAUAUAUGUUAUCUUCUUCCUUAUAAUUACCGUUGAUUAUGACCGGUAAUGGAUUUGUAUAUUUCUUGUAGAGAAAGAAAACUGGAAAAUCUUUUGUUGUCAACUCAUCGAUUUGGGUUUGUCUGGGGAUUCUAUUUUAGGACCUUUUAAUGUCAUUUGUGUUUUCAGACCUUUUUUUAUUUGUUUUCCAUUGGCAAUAAAGUUUGAUAUCAGUUGAAGAGUCA